AAACCGGAUUGGUGGGAUUAAAACCCGGCUCAGAUUACUCCUCUGACGCCGGAAUGCAGAAACAAAUAAUUGUGCAGUGAUAUAUACCGCGUGGAUGGGUCUAGCCAGCACGUUUUAAUUUUGACCUAAACAGUCAAUCCCGUAGCGUUAGUCGUCUGUCAUUCAAAUUAGGCGACACCGCCACACGCACGAGCUGUGGGCCGAGUUUAGACCUUCAGUCCACGUUGAUGUCACGACUAUAGAUCCGACGAAACUCGUUCGUAAAUCUAAAAGUAAAGCCGGUUCAGUCAUGCUUCGUCUCGUGAGGAGCCAGGGUAGAGGGUUUAGAGGCUGCGUGCGCUGUCAGAAGAGAUCUCAUCAUCAUCAGAAUCACCACAGUGUCAUAGCCAUCAGACGUGAGGAUGUCAACGUGUGGGAGAGACGGGCGCCGCUGGCACCACGGCACGUGAGGGAGAUCACAGCCGCUGGGCACAAGGUGCUGGUGCAGCCCUCCAACAGACGGGCCAUCCACGACAGAUUCUAUGAAAAAGCAGGUGCUAUUGUCCAGGAGGACAUCUCAGAGGCGUCUCUCAUCGUUGGUGUGAAAAGACCGCCGGAAGAAAAGGUGUACCCCCGCAAAACCUACGCGUUCUUCUCGCACACCAUCAAAGCUCAGGAGGCAAACAUGGGACUUCUCGAUGACCUUCUAAAAAAGGAAGUGCGACUCAUUGAUUAUGAGAAAAUGGUGGAUCCCAACGGCUUCAGAAUUGUAGCGUUUGGACAGUGGGCUGGUGUUGCCGGAAUGAUUAACAUUUUACACGGUCUGGGCUUGCGUUUUCUUGCUCUUGGACAUCACACCCCAUUUAUGCACAUUGGCAUGGCACACAACUACAGAAACGUCAGUCAGGCCAUCCAGGCGGUGAGGGAUUGUGGGUAUGAAAUUUCCUUAGGCCUGAUGCCCAAGUCCAUAGGUCCUCUUACAUUUGUGUUUACUGGCACCGGCAAUGUGUCUAAGGGUGCCCAAGACAUUUUCAACGAACUCCCGUGUGAAUACGUAGAACCUCAUGAACUCAAAGAAGUCUCGGAGACUGGAGAUUUAGCCAAAGUAUACGGCACAGUGAUCAGCAGACAUCACCACCUGAUUAGAAAGAGCGAUGGACUCUAUGACCCCCUGGAGUAUGAAUACCAUCCUGAACUGUACACGUCACACUUCAGAAAGACUGUGGCCCCUUACACCACCUGUCUGAUAAAUGGAAUAUAUUGGGACCCUCACACACCCAGACUGCUGCGACGUCUGGACGCUCAGCGUUUGAUCAGACAAAAUACAUCAGCAUCAGCAUCACCUGAUCACGGAUGCCCCGCCCUUCCCCACAAGUUGUUGGCUAUCUGUGACAUCUCGGCAGACACGGGUGGCUCCAUAGAGUUCAUGACUGAGUGCACCACUAUUGAGAAACCCUUCUGCAUGUAUGACGCAGACCAACAUAUCGAUCAUGACAGAUUAUUUUCACAUGUAGUAUCACCAAGUGUUGAAGGAAAUGGCAUUCUGAUGUGUUCCAUUGAUAAUCUGCCCGCUCAGCUGCCGAUUGAAGCCACUGAGUAUUUCGGAGACCGGCUGUUUCCUUACAUCUGGGAGAUGCUCCCGUCAGACGCCACCACACCGCUGGAAGAAGCGGACUUCUCUCCACAAGUUAGAGACGCUGUUAUUACAUCCAACGGGAAGUUGACGCCUAAGUUUGAAUACAUUGAGAAACUCCGAGAGAAACGGGAAUCCGAGCAGAUCCUGAAGAAAGCGGGAAUGAAGCGAGUGCUUUUGCUGGGCUCGGGCUAUGUGUCUGGGCCAGUUAUCGAGUAUCUCACCAGGGAUGCUGGUACCCAGGUCACGGUGGCAUCCAAUUUUUUAAACCAGGCAGAAGAGAUGGCUGCCACAUAUCCUAACACCAUUGCUGUGAUGUUGGACAUCACCAGCCAGGAGGGCCACCUCGAGUCUCUGAUCAAAGACCAUGACAUUGUCAUCAGCAUGUUACCGUAUGCAUUUCAUCCACAAGUAGCCAAACACUGCAUUAAAAUGAAGGUGAACAUGGUGACGGCCAGUUACAUGAGCCCAGCCAUGAAAGAACUUCAGCACAGUGCCGAGGAAGCUGGCAUCACCAUCGUAAAUGAGAUGGGUCUGGACCCUGGCAUUGAUCACAUGUUGGCCAUGCAGUGCAUCGAUCAGGCCAAGGCAGACGGUUGCACUGUGGAGUCCUAUAGCUCUUUUUGUGGAGGUCUUCCUGCUCCAGAAUGCUCGGAUAACCCGCUGCGUUACAAGUUUAGCUGGAGUCCAUACGGCGUUCUGCUCAAUACAAUCAGUCCGGCCAUUUACCUGAGAGACGACCAGAUUGUUAGCGUUUCCCCUGGCGGAGCCCUCAUGGACGUCACAAAGCCGAUGGACUUCCUGCCCGGUUUCAAUCUGGAGGGAUUCCCCAACCGAGAUAGCACCAAGUACGCCGAGCCUUACGGCAUUGAGACGGCUCACACGCUUAUCCGGGGAACUCUGCGCUUCAAGGGUUUCUCUUCAGCGAUGAGCGGCUUUGUGAAAUUGGGGCUGAUCAACACCGAGCCGUGUCCACUGUUGGAUCACACAGCUUCUCCCGUUUCAUGGAAAGAGCUCUUGUGUAAGCAGAUUGGAUUGGCCAGCACAGUGAGCAGCAGUGCUUUUGAAGAGGCUGUUUAUGAGCGGAUAGACAAGGACGACUUCAGACUGCAGAGUCUCAGAUGGCUUGGAAUGCUCAGCGAGGAACCCGUUCCCCACGCCAACACCAUCCUAGCAGCCGUCGCGAAACACCUGGAGGCCAAACUCGCCUACGCUAAAGGUGAGCGAGAUAUGAUCAUCAUGAGGAACGAUGUAGGGAUUAGGCACCCUACGGGCGAGCUGGAGACCAAACACAUCAGCUUUGUGGUCUAUGGCGAGCCCAAUGGAUUCUCAGCCAUGGCCAAAACUGUGGGCUACCCAGCAGCGAUUGCAGCUCGUAUGGUCCUCAGUGGCGAACUGUCCACCAAAGGGCUUGUGGUGCCGAUGACGAAGAGCAUCUACAGUCCAGUACUGAAGAGACUGCAGGAGGAAGGUCUUCAGUAUGUCACCAAGAGCACCGUGUCAGAGUAACCCAACCCUGAUGCCUUCAAACACCAUAAGACACCAAACUCACUCAUUUUUGUGUAUAAUUAGCCGGUAACAUCUAUUACAACUUGAUCUGUAGUAGUGAAGCAUUAAAGGGAUGGUUCAAUGAUCUUUCAUCAUUUAUUCACCCUCAUGUCAUUACAAACCUGUCUGACUUUCUUUCUUCCAAACAACAUUGGCCCCCAUUGACUUCUAUUGUAUAGAGACAAAACCACCGAGACAUUUCUCAAAAUAUCUUCUUUUGUGUUCCACAGAAGAAAGAACCACAUAAAGGUUCUGAAUGACAUGAGGGUGGAUAAGUGAUGAAAGAAGUUUUAAUUUUUUGUAAUCUUGAUCUUUUACGUACGUUUAGGCAGGAAUAGUGGAGAUGUGUGUAGACUUGAAUACACUGAACAAGUGAAGAUUGUGGGCAUUUGUUAAAUGACAGUGUGUGUUCUUUUAAGUGUUGUUGUGGCGAACAGAGAGUAUUUUAUUAUCUGUAGCGGUGUACAUAAACUCCAACGAAGCACUUUUGUUGUUGUCUGGAUGUAGGGUUGCUUCUUGUUUAGUUUCUGCUUGUUGUCAAACAUGAACCUCUUUCACAGUCAGUGUUUUAUUGCUGUAACACUAAAAAGUAUUCAAAUCUUCAAAACAAGCAAUAUCAAAAAAUUGUUCAUCCUCAGUCAAGCAAAAUGAUUUUAAAGCAGCUGAAGAUGUCUCGAAUCUGUUUUUGUUUUUCCUCAUUAAAACAAACCUGCUGUAUUUUAUAACAACGCACCUUUUUAUGAAUAGCACAUUAUAAGAGAUCAUAUUAAAAUGGUUGCGCGUUCUCACCUUUUGUUUGCAUUGUUUUAUAGUCCUUCAAGAAAUGUUUGGUCGAUCUUGAUUUAACAACACAGACAAAAUGAAUGACCUGUUGACUGCCCAGUAAUGGUCAUAAAAUGAUCGCAUUGUUCUGUUGACUGGUCAGUAUAAAGUAGGCCACCAAGCCUAGGAUAAUUGGGUCUCGUAAUUAUUAGAAGUUAAAAAUGCAAAUGACGCUAACAACUGAAGACGACGUCUGGGCAUUGACCCAUAUAUUGUCUGCAAAUGAGCGUGACCUUUUGCUUUUAAGAUUAGGGAUUAGAAUUUGGGCAUAAUUACAAGCAAUUCUUCAAAAGGAUUAUUUCAUAAUUCUGUGUAGCUGUCAUCUUUGUCACCAAAACCUAAGCCACAGACUUACUGUAAUCAGUUUCUUGGAGAUGUUCCUCCAGGUUUAAGAGAGAGCUGAGCAAUGGCUUACAGCCCCAUAAGAAGCGACCCGGUCGGUCUCGCCGCGUUAAGCCAAGACGAAUUUGAGACGGGCCGUGUAAAAGUUAAUUGAAAAACAAAAGCCCUAUUUGGCAAAUGACUUUUGAAGAAAACCUCUCUUUGUAUUGCGUUCGUCGAUUUUCCUCGUGGGCCAGAUGGAGACGACGGAAUAAUUAUUACUCAAAGAUCGACCUCUCUGGUAGUUUGGGAAUCUGAGCUAAAGUCAAAAGAAACUCGCUGAAGAAUUAUCAGCCCACGUGAGCCAAGCGGAAGGCGUCUGGAGACUAAUCAACAUGAGUCUGUCCCAAGGGCGGAUGAAAAUCAGAGAAUAUUAUUGAAAUAAGAUUUAAAGACGGGUACAAAAAUAGUACGAUGUUAAUCAUUUAAAAAUGUGCGAAUAUAAUCCUUAACUAAGAAUCGACGAACAGAUAAAC